CCUUCAAUCAUGCCUGUAUCACAAGCACACAAAGUCCCUCGAAGGGAACCCGCGCAAUGGCUCGCCAUUUAUUGAGCUGGGCAGAGCGAGGAUUGCAAAAAGGUCUGGAGGAGCCUCAUCUUCAGACCACCGUCUUCAUCGAUGCAAUCGGUCGCUCCUCGCGCAUCCUCACAGCAGUCUCCCCAUUCUUGGUGAGCAUUGCUCGACUGCGCUUUUGGCUUCACGGGAGAAGCUUCCAAGCUGAUGGCACUCCAGAGCUCGUCCGCAACUGGAACACUUCUGAGGAGUUCCUGCAGGGAGCUGAGCAGGCGUAUCGGCAUGUCAUAUUGGCCACCACCAAGCCUGCGUGGGAGUCGGAUGUGGACCUUUCCCGCGUCAGACCAUGGCUGGAGGAGCAGCAGGCAUUGAAGAGCCGGGAUUUUCCGGGCUCCGACGGCUUGAAGCUGACAAAGUUGUUGGUGCAGUUUCAAAGUUUGGCCGGACCACGCAGUCUGGAAGCAUUGCAGGAAAUUCGGGAUAUCACAAGGUUAAACAAAGAAGAGCUCAAAGACAAGCUAGAGCAGGACCUUCUGUCUGAAACAAAACUGAAGUUGGACAUCCUUGCGAUCGCCGAAGCUCGAUGCUUUGAUGGCAAGCGACGGCCGCAACAAUGUGGGCGGUCGGCCGAACGGGCCGAAUUUCAUCACACGUGUGUCGGGCGAAAUUCUCGUCGGCCGAGUUUCACAUCAGUGUCGGCCGAUGAUGUCGCUGAAAAGCAAAAAUCAACCCUGAGAACAUCCUCCGUUGUCUACAAAAGAGCGCCGUGCGGAUCGACUUCUGUUGGAGUCCAGCUUCGAUUUGCGAGAAGGAAUUACCUCGGACUUCACGGUUGCAGAGGUUGAGACGCUGUUGCGCGACACCGCGGAGAACUUUGAAGAGUAGGGAGAGCCUCGUAGGCCAAAGUCAGCGUGCUUCACAAAGAGCUGAUUGGAGCCGCGCUGGGCAAAA